CUGAUUACGGCCGGGCGAGCACGCUCGCAGCAGCGGCGAGCACGCUCGCAGCAGCGGCGAGCACGCUCGCAGCAGCGGCGAGCACGCUCGCAGCAGCGGCGAGCACUAGUAGCGAGCGCACCUCGCAGCAGCGCACGCUCCAGCAGCGGCGAGCACUAGUAGCGAGCACGAGUAGCAGCAUGCCCUUGAUGCAGAGGCUCCGCACGGAGCUCUUCGCCCUCAAAAUGGCGCUCCGAAUGGCUCACCAGUACCUCUUCGAUCCCAGCCUCCGCGCUGUCUCUUCAAUCCGCCAAUUCUUCACCAUGUUCGGCCAAAUCGCGUACGAAGCGGUUACGAACAAUGGGAAGACGGUCGAGGAAGUCGCAGUGGAGGCCCUCGGCAAGGACCGGAACGCGCUGAGCGGGAAGGUGGCGAUCAUCACGGGAGCGAACAGCGGCCUCGGUCUGCAAAACGCGCGUGUCCUCAUGCACUACGGCUGCACGGUCAUUUGGGCUGUCCGCAACCUCGAGAAGGCUCAGAAGGCCCUCGACAAGCUCGACUCGGGUGAGGGCACGCACACCUGCGAGGACGGGCACGUCCACAGGUGCUGCGGCAAGACCACCGGCAAGGCGAUCCUGCUGCAGGUCGACAUCUCCGACCUCACCACCGUCAAGCCGUUCGUCACCGACUUUCUCAAGCUGGGGCUGCCGCUGCACUACCUCAUCCUGAACGCGGGAAUCAUGGCGCCGCCCCAGUGGGAGCCCUCCAAGCAGGGGUACGAGUCGAUGUUUGCGACCAACAACCUGGGCCACUUCCUAAUGUCGGAGCUUUUGCUGCCAAAGAUCGAGGAGACCGCCAAGACCGCGACCGAGGCUCGCAUCGUCAUCCUCUCGUCCGCCGCCUGCACCAUGUGCACCUCCAUCGACCUGAGCAAGUGCCCCGUGCCCAAGGAGGAGUACCACGAGCUCGGCACCUAUGCAGUCACCAAGGCGAUCGACGCCUUCCACGCCCGCUACCUGCAGGAGAAAUACCGCGGCGCCAACAUCUACGCGUGCGCCGUCCACCCCGGCGUGAUCGAGACCGGCCUGCUCGCCAAAAACGAGGGGAUGGGGACGCUCUUCUACAAGUCGCUCUCCUUCGCGCCCUUCCGCAAGAGCAUCCCGCAGGGGGCCGCGACGACCAUGUUCUGCACGGUCAGCCCGGACGUCCCCAAGCACGCGGGCGACGGAUACUUCUUCUACUUCAACCGAGGCCCGCAGAGGGUUCUGGGCGUCGCCGCCCCCGGCUGGGCGGACCACCUCGUGCACGCGUGCGAGGAGCGCCAGCUCGAGCUAGUCAAGCCGUACAUGUAGAUUUGCGGAGCGUGCGUGUGGGACAAGGCCAUCGUCUGAGCGGCGACACAGGGGCCUCGGGCGGCGAGGCGGGAGAAGGAGAGCCCUCGGCGGCUGGGCGUCCCCUCGAGAGCGGUGUCACAGCUCCUCCCCCGUCGUCAGCGCUUCUAUCCGCGCAUGGCACUCUGAUGCUGUUGCGAGGCGAGACGGCCGACGCAUAUUUUAGAGUGGCGCCGCCUGCAGGGCCUCCUCCGAGCCCGAGUCCGACCCGUUUUCUCUGUGCGCUCCGGUUUCCCAACUUUUAUGUUUUCGAUAGU